UAGUUGGCUUAGUGCUUGUCUAUUUUCGGCAGGGUACGGAGCUACUGGCUCUCGCGACCAACGAAGCAACCACAACACACAACCCAUUCCCUAACGCAGCCUGGAAAUCGGUUUUCCCCACCAGCUCACUAAGCUAAUACAUUUUUUGGCCCGCGAAUUGCAUCUGAGAGAUAAGAACGCUGCUCGGGCAGUUGCUCUGGAAUCUUCAACCUUCUAUCAGCAUUCGUAUUGGAAUUUCGGCAGCAGUCGCCCUCUCCCAUCGGCGAAGACAGGUGUCAGCAGGAGUCUCCACAUCGCAGUUGCCCGAAAACUAUGUGCUAGUCCCGUUCGCGGCUUCCUCCAAGAGCAGUUUUUUUAUCCAGCCAGUACAGUAGCUACUUCACAUCGAAAUUUAAUUUAACAAAGAUCCAAAAUGCCUGAAACGGAGAUCGUUGUGACCAAUGCGGGUGAGCCGUCCACCAAGGCGAGUCUCAUCGUGGUCUCGAAUCGGUUGCCAUUCGUGCUAAUCCGGAACGCCAAAACCCAGGAGCUGGAGCGCAGAGCCAGUGCUGGUGGCCUGGUGACUGCCGUGUGUCCGGUAGUGAUUAAGGGUAGCGGUCUCUGGGUGGGUUGGUCUGGAAUCCAUUUGGAGGACCCCAACGAAGCCAUCCCCGAAUCGAAUCCCAACGAUCAAACCCCCACCGCCGGUCUAAAGUCAGAGCAGGUGGUGUCUGUGAACAUAAACUCGAAAAUCUUUGAUAGCUACUACAAUGGAUGCUGCAACAAGAUGUUCUGGCCGCUCUUCCACUCCAUGCCUGGCCGGGCGAAUUUCGGAGGCGAGCACUGGCACGACUAUGUGACUGUCAAUAAGCACUUUGCCGUGCGAACCAUUGAGGCGCUGGAGAAGUGCCUGGCCAAAAGUGAGGGCACCGACAAGAGUCCCCCCAUCGUAUGGAUUCAUGAUUAUCAUCUGAUGUUGGCAGCCAACUGGGUGCGGGAGCAUGCCGAGGAAAAGAACCUGCCCUGUCGGUUGGCCUUUUUCCUGCACAUUCCCUUCCCGCCUUGGGAUAUCUUCCGUCUGCUUCCCUGGUCCGAUGAGAUCCUGCAGGGUAUGCUGGGCUGUGACCUGGUGGGCUUCCACAUUCAAGACUAUUGCCUCAAUUUUGUGGACUGUUGCCAGCGGAAUCUCGGUUGCCGUGUGGACCGCAACAAUCUUCUGGUGGAGCACGGUGGGCGUACAGUCCGUAUUCGUCCGCUGCCCAUUGGUAUCCCCUACGAACGUUUCGUUAACCUCGCGCAGACUGCACCCAAGGUUUUAAAGACCUCCAAAAUGCAGAUUAUCCUGGGCGUCGAUCGUCUGGACUACACCAAGGGCCUCGUCCACCGCCUUAUGGCCUUCGAGGCGCUGCUCUUGAAGUAUCCGCAGCACAAGGAGAAGGUCAGUCUGCUUCAGAUCUCGGUACCUUCGCGAACGGAUGUGAAGGAGUAUCGUGAGCUGAAGGAAGAGGUGGAUCAGCUGGUGGGCCGUAUCAAUGGACGAUUCACCACCGCCAACUGGGCGCCCAUUCGAUAUAUUUACGACUACGUUAGUCAGGACGAGUUGGCAGCGUUGUACCGGGAUGCGGCCGUGUGUCUGGUCACUCCUCUCCGUGACGGCAUGAACCUGGUGGCGAAGGAGUUCGUGGCCUGCCAAAUUAACGAGGUUCCCGGUGUCUUGGUUAUCUCGCCAUUUGCCGGAGCCGGUGAAAUGAUGCACGAGGCGCUGCUCUGCAAUCCGUACGAAGUGAAUGAGGCCGCUGAGGUGAUCCACAGGGCGCUUACCAUGCCGGAGGAUGAACGAGUGCUCCGAAUGGCACGUCUUCGUCGGAGGGAGGCUGAGUGCGAUGUAAGCCACUGGAUGCGUUGCUUCCUGAAGGCCGUGGGUGCUCUUGAAAUGGACGACGUGGGUACCACCAUCAUGCAGCCGGUCUCUGUGGACGAUUUCGAUGACUACUUACUCAAAUACAUCGGCUACAACCACAAGCUGGCCUUGCUAUUGGACUACGACGGCACCCUGGCGCCGAUUGCCCCUCACCCAGAUCUGGCCACCCUCUCCCCAGAAAUUAAGAACGUGCUGUACAAGCUGUCCAACCACUCCGACGUCUACGUGGCCGUUAUCUCGGGUCGCAACGUGGAUAACGUUAAGAAAAUGGUAGGCAUCGAAGGUAUCACAUAUGCCGGCAACCAUGGUCUUGAAAUCCUCCAUCCGGAUGGCAGCAAGUUCGUCCAUCCUAUGCCCAUUGAGUACGAGAAGAAGGUCAGUGAUUUAUUGAAAGCGCUGCAAGAUUCGGUUUGUCGAGAUGGAGCUUGGGUAGAGAACAAGGGAGCGCUGUUGACGUUCCACUACCGCGAGACUCCGAACCACUUGAGGGGUGCCAUGGUAGACAAAGCUCGCUCAUUAAUCGAAAAAUAUGGCUUCCGGGCCACGGAGGCACACUGUGCCCUAGAGGCCCGUCCUCCGGUGCAGUGGAACAAGGGUCGCGCCUCUAUCUACAUUUUGCGUACUUCCUUUGGUGUCGACUGGAACGAGCGCAUAAAAAUCAUUUACGUAGGCGACGAUCUUACCGACGAGGAUGCUAUGGUGGCACUCAAGGGUAUGGCGCGCACGUUCCGUGUCACAUCAUCGGAUAUAGUUAAAACGGCCGCGGACCACCGACUGCCGUCAACGGACUCCGUGUACACGCUGCUGAAGUGGGUGGAGAGGCACUUCAUGGGUCGCAAGGCGCGUGCCAAUUCGCUGACUUACCGACCCACAAAAGGUGACGGUGUUCAGAUGCAGAUGUCCCUGGAAGUGGCCUCCUCGGCGAACAACCUGGAGGUGUGAGCCCAAAUAUACAUAUGUAUACAUGUGCAAGCCUCGUAACUCACAUAUUUUGUAAGAUUUUAAGAAUAAACAAAACAGGAUCGUAGCUUAAAUAAAUUUACAAUUGAUUUCGGA